GGUGUGUUCUACUGAAGAUGGAGGCCUCCGGGUCGCUGACUGUCAACAACAAAAUGAGAACCGGUGUCGGGGGUGUUGGUGCCGGGAGCCCUCAGCCGGGAAAGGGGCGAGAAUAUAAUCGCAAUCAGCGCAAGGAUUCUGAGGGUUGCUCAGAGUCUCCAGAUCUAGAAUUCGUUUAUGCUGACGCCGACAAAUGGGCUGCCGAGCUCUCAGAGCUUUACAGUUACACAGAAGGCCCAGAAUUUCAAUUGAACAGAAAAUGUUUUGAAGAUGACCUGCGAUUACAUGUGCCUGAUAAAAAGUGGACAGAGUUGGAUGUGUCCCAGCAACGUGCACACGCCAUGCGGCUCCUCGAUGGUUUGGAGGUCACGGCCAGGGAAAAACGGCUAAAAGUGGCUCGGGCAAUCCUGUAUGUGGCACAGGGCACUUUUGGGGAGUGCACAUCUGAGUCUGAAGUGCAGACCUGGCAGCGACAUAACAUCUUCCUGCUGCUAGAAGCCGGUGCGUUCAAUGCCCUGGUGGAACUUCUUAACAUGGAAGUUGAGAACAGUGCAGCUUGCAGUAAUGCUGUACGGAAGCCCGCCAUCUCUCUGGCCGACAGCACAGACCUUCGAGUUCUCCUAAACAUCAUGUACAUCAUGGUGGAUACGUUACGUGAAGAGGGAGAAGCCGACAGUGAGGAAUGGAAAACCAUGAGGCAAACUUUCCGCGCAGAACUAGGAUCUCCUGUAUAUAACAGUGAGCCAUUUGCUGUGCUACUUUUUGGGAUGGUCACUAAGUUCUGUAGUGGUCACGCUCCACAUUUUCCUAUGAAAAAGGUGCUGUUGCUUCUGUGGAAGACAGUGUCGUGCACUCUUGGUGGGUUUGAAGAUUUGCAGAAGAUGAAAGCAGAAAAGCGAGAGAUCUUGGGACUGCCGCCACUUCCUGAAGAUAGCAUUAAAGUAAUACGCAACAUGAGAGCUGCAUCUCCACCGGCUUCAGCAUCUGAUCUUAUUGAGCAGCAACAGAGAAGAGGUCGAAGAGAGCAUAAAGCUCUCAUUAAGCAGGAUAACCUUGAUGCGUUUAAUGAGCGGGAUCCAUACAAAACAGAUGACACUCGUGAUGAAGAAGAGGAAAAUGAUGAGGACAACAGCUUAGAGGGAGAACCUUUUUCCAUUGAACGGGAGGAAGUGAUGCCACCAUCAAUUACUCAACCUCCUGCUGAUCGUCUUGCUUUCCCUAAAGGUUUACCUUGGGCGCCAAAAGUGAGGGAGAAAGACAUCGAGAUAUUCUUGGAAUCGAGUCGUAGUAAGUUCAUUGGAUACACUCUUGGAAGUGACACAGACACGGUGGUUGGUUUACCGCGCCCUAUUCAUGAGAGCAUUCGAACUCUAAAGCUGCACAAAUAUACUUCUAUUGCUGAGGUUCAGAUUCACCUAGAGGAAGAGUUCAUAAGGUGUCCACUGUCAGGCGGUGAAGAGGAGGUUGAACAAGUACCUGCAGAGAUUUUAUACCAGGGUCUUCUUCCUAGUUUACCUCAAUACAUGAUUGCCUUACUGAAGAUCCUGCUUGCUGCUGCACCUACUUCCAAGGCCAAGACCGAUUCAAUUAAUAUUCUGGCAGAUGUGCUUCCGGAAGAAAUGCCAACCACUGUUCUACAGAGCAUGAAACUGGGAGUAGAUGUGAAUCGACACAAAGAGAUUAUUGUGAAAGCCAUCUCUGCUGUGUUACUGCUGUUACUAAAACACUUCAAGCUAAACCAUGUUUAUCAGAUGGAAUAUAUGGCUCAGCACCUGGUGUUUGCCAAUUGCAUUCCUUUAAUAUUGAAAUUUUUUAAUCAAAAUAUAAUGUCGUACAUCACAGCCAAGAACAGUAUUUCAGUUCUUGACUACCCGUACUGUGUGGUCCAUGAGUUGCCAGAGUUAACAGCAGAGAGUUUGGAAGCUGGAGAUAAUAAUCGAUUCUGUUGGCGUAACUUGUUUUCAUGCAUAAAUCUUCUGCGCAUCCUAAACAAGCUGACCAAGUGGAAGCACUCGAGAACCAUGAUGCUUGUGGUAUUCAAGUCUGCCCCCAUUCUAAAAAGAGCUCUUAAAGUCAAGCAGGCGAUGAUGCAGCUAUAUGUACUUAAGUUGCUGAAAGUACAGACCAAGUACCUAGGACGGCAGUGGAGAAAAAGUAAUAUGAAAACUAUGUCGGCCAUUUACCAGAAAGUGCGACACCGUCUAAAUGACGACUGGGCGUACGGAAACGAUCUUGAUGCUCGCCCCUGGGAUUUUCAAGCUGAGGAAUGUGCACUAAGAGCCAAUAUUGAGCGCUUCAACUCUCGCCGUUAUGAUCGGACUCAUAGAAACCCGGAAUUUCUUCCAGUAGACAACUGUCUCCAGAGUGUGCUUGGUCAACACGUAGAACUACCAGAGGAUUUUCAGAUGAACUAUGACUUGUGGCUGGAGAGAGAAGUGUUUUCUAAACCCAUAUCAUGGGAAGAGUUGCUGCAAUAACAUGCACUUUAAAAUCCGCCUGGAGAUAAUAUUCAGCUUCAUCUUCAGCAUUUAUAACACUAGUUUUCAGAAAAGGUUGGGACCUCCAAUGUACAGUACAAUACCUGGGCCUAACAGCUAGAACAUAGAAAAACACUCAUACUUUCAUGGUAUCGUACAGCGCAUUCCCUUUUAGUGUUUUUUUUUCUGCACACUUUGGUUCACCUAAAAUAAUCACUCCACUUUUCAUGAGUGGGUCUGUGCUUACAUUGUUACAGAUACCAAGGUAGGCCAUGUAAGGCUGGUUUCACACUGCGGUACAGCCUUCCACCAGGCUGUUCCAGCAUAGAUUGUAAGAAAUUGUCCGCGGCCUAUUUUUGGGGAGAUUAGUGCCAGAUCCCGUUAUAUUUGAUGGGGCCGUGCGGCAUUCCAGCCAUGAAGAAUCCAGCAGGCUGUUCCCAACCAGAACAGCCUGCCAGGUCUGUAAACUCUAGUGUGAAACUCACCUUAAUGAAAUAUAUCUGCUUCAAGAGGGCAGCUACUGUCUGACCCUUCAUAUAUUGUAAAUGGCCUUCGCUGUGUAGCUACAACAUGUAAGAGUGUUUUAUCCCGCUAAGGACUUUUGCUCAUUGACUGUAUCCGUUUAUUUGAUCCGUGUGCUGUCCAUAUUUUUUUGCGGACCCAUUUACUUCAAAGGGUCUGCGGUCCGCAUUUUGUAAACAAGUAUAGAACAUGUAUUGUUUUAUGCGGAACAGACAUUCGGACUUGCAAAGCACAUAGAAGUAUUCCGUGUCCGUAUGUCCAUUCUGCAGAAGAUAGAACAUGUCCUAUACUUAACCACAAAAUGCGGACACAUGGAAGUCAAUGAAUCCACACAAAAAAAUGCAGACGGUACACAGACCACGUACGUAUUUUGUGGACCACAAAACGGAUAGUUGUGUGCAUGAGGCCUAAUGGAAAGAUUAUUUGUGACUCGCAUCAUUUAUAUUUUGUGUAUUCCACCAAAUGGUCUCAGUUGAAAACAGUGUUGCAGAAAGCAAAUGUACACCAGUGAACUAUUUAUUAUGGGUUUGAAGUAACAUUCCUCGGUUAUGUUCCAAGUUUUAUGUGUUUUUGUUUGUGUGAAUUUAGCUAUAAAUAUAUUUUAUCAGCUUCUA